AUGGGUACACAGAAGAAGGAAGCGAACCGCAAGGAGCGCCAGGGUAAAACCGGCGAUGGCAUGGGCAAUGUCAAGGUCAAGGGCGAGAAUUUCUACCGAUCUGCGAAGAAGGUCAAGGUCCUCAAGCGCCUUACUGGUGGCACAGCUCAGCGCAAUGCCAAAGGAGACAUCACCAAGGCCGCCGCGUAUCAGACGCGCGAGGCACCCAUUGCCCGCGUUGAACCCAAUCGCAAGUGGUUCAACAACACCAGAGUCAUAUCCCAGGAUGCCCUCGACUCCUUCCGCUCGGCAGUUCAGGCGCAGUCGUCGAAUCCCCACACCUAUCUCAUGAAGCGCAACAAGCUACCCAUGAGCUUGAUUGAGGAAAAGGGCAACAUCAACGGUCUGAAGGAGCACGCUGCCAAAAUCGCCGUCGACUCCCAACCCUUUGCGGAGACUUUUGGGCCCAAGGCCCAGCGCAAGAGGCCGAAACUCGACUUCAGUUCCAUUCAAGACCUGGCUGGCCGUACUGGCACCAUGCAUGAAACCUAUCUCGAGAGACUAGAGCAGGCCAGGCUACUCUCGGGCACCUCAGGCGACAACGAAGAGAGCGAGAAUGCGACCAACCCCAACAACCCUGAUGGUGAGCUUACAUCGGCAAGAGAGUUCAUCUUCAUGAAGGGAACAAGUAAGCGUAUCUGGAACGAGCUGUACAAGGUUAUCGACUCCAGCGAUGUCAUUCUCCACGUUCUCGACGCUCGCGAUCCUGAUGGAACCCGGUGUCGCAGUGUGGAAAAAUACAUUCGCACAGAAGCACCGCACAAACAUCUGGUAUUUGUGCUGAACAAGGUUGAUCUUGUUCCGUCCAAAGUAGCUGCUGCCUGGGUUCGUCAUUUAAGCAGAGAAUUUCCCACGCUUGCUUUUCACGCAAAUAUCAACAACAGUUUUGGCAAGGGAUCUCUCAUCGCUCUUCUGCGCCAAUUCUCUUCUCUCCAUAGCGACCGCAAGCAAAUCUCAGUUGGCAUGGUUGGCUAUCCCAACACUGGCAAGUCCUCCAUCAUCAACACCCUGCGAAAGAAAAAGGUCUGCGUUGUGGCUCCCAUCGCAGGUGAGACAAAGGUCUGGCAGUACAUUACCUUGAUGAAACGCAUCUACAUGAUUGACUGCCCUGGUAUUGUCCCACCAAAUCAGAGCGAUACAGACGAGGAUCUGCUUUUGAGGGGUAGUGUACGCGUCGAGAACGUCGAGUAUCCAGCUCAGUACAUCCCCGCUGUACUCAAGCGAGUACAACCAAGACACUUGCAACGGACGUACGACAUUAAAGACUACAAUGACGACGCUGUCACAUUCCUUGAGAUACUCUGUCGAAAGGCCGGUCGCCUCUUGAAGGGCGGAGAGGCCGACAUUGACGGCGCAGCGAAGAUGGUUUUGAAUGACUGGAUACGUGGAAAAAUUCCAUGGUUCACACCGCCUCCAUUCACUGAGGGUCACAAUGCAGAUGAACCUGUCAAGGCAGACCGCGACGGACGACUCGGGGAGAUGAGCAAAAAGAGGAAACGUGGUGGCGAAAGUGAAGCAACAGGCAGUGUAGCAGCCGCUACUGAUGUAACGGGUGCAGAUCAAUCAGAAGCUGACACCGACGACUUUUCGGGCUUCAGUGAUGAUGACGAGGACGAUUCGGAGGGUCUCGAACUUGACGGAGAUGAAGUCGACGAUGAAGAUGAUGAGGAGGGCGGCACGCUUCUUGAAGCCUCGAUAGCAGACGAUGCCCGUAGCGAGGACGACGCAGAGGUUGAGGAAGAAGUCGCUGCGAUAUCGCAAGCUUUGGCGAAAGCGAAGAAGCGACAAAGAACAGUCUGA